CUACGCGUGUAACCGAAUGUAGUUGGUUUUUUGUUUUUGUAAUUUAUGCUGUAAAGUUAUGAUCUUGAUUGCUUGGUCAUGUUUAAUAUUUGUCGCCGGGACAUUGAGCCGAAAUUGUGCCCAAGCCACCACAACGAUAUCGAUGCCAAUUACGACACAGGACAUAAUAGCCGGUGAUGUUUUCUUUGAGAUUAUCUCUCCCCAAGAUUUGGAGUACACGUAUCGACUGAGGCCGGCUAAGGAUUUUGGCGGUUCAUUUACUAAGCACAAAUUGGAAGGAGUACCGUUAGUUCUAACAGAUCCCCCCGGAGCCUGUCAAAAGAUCAAAAAUGCCCGAGACCUGGAAGGGAGCAUUGCCCUAAUAGACAGAGGGGAAUGCUCGUUCGUUACCAAAACCCUUCAGGCAGAGGCCGCUGGCGCUGUGGGCGCCAUUGUCAGCGAGUAUAAUACAAACUCCCCAGAAUUUGAAUACUACAUUGAGAUGGUCCAUGAUAAAACCAAUCGGGAUGCUACCAUACCCGCUGGGUUUCUAUUAGGAAAAAAUGGCGUAAUGAUACGCUCCACAUUAUUGCGUUUAAAGCGAGUUCAUGCUCUGAUUAAUAUACCAGUCAAUUUGACCUUUACACCGCCAUCGAAAAUCAAUCAUCCGCCCUGGUUGGGCUGGUGAGGCUGAGAGUAAGAACUCGGCGGAGGCCAAUAAGAAGAAGGAUUGGGAGAAGAAUGGAUUAAUGCAAGGGACACCGGAUAUUUUGUAACCAAAGUGCAUAGUUAGUCAGAGCAUUGCUAGUUUUAUUUUUUAAAUCAAAUGAGAACAGAAAAGAAAAACACGAAAACUGAGACUAAAACUAAAGUGUUAAUAAUAUUAAGUAGUUAAUUCGUAAACAAGCAAUACCAAAUAAUAAAAAAGUGACAAGUAAAUUGUAAAUAAAUUGCUAAGCAGAAAUGUUUCUAAGCUAGUCAAAUA